CCACACAACCCUAAAACUACAAACCCAAUAUAGGUUAUCAUUUUCGCAGUAUAAUAAUCUGCUCUUACUUGCUCUUACUUUACAUAUUAUGCAAAGUCAAGUUUUCUUUAUUUAACAAAGCUGUAUGGAUUCCCCUUAUCAAUAACAGUUGGUAAUUAGUUAACUUAUAUUAGGACAUUUCCAUGUUAUGCCUGCCUGCUAUCUAACGAGACAAUCCAGUGAAACAACUUUAAAUAAUGACUCAAAAUAUGUUUUGGUGAAGUUUAGGUAUUAUGUUAGACAUGGUUAGUUUAGGUGUUAGGUUAGAGAUGGUUAGUUUAGAUAUUAUGUUAGACAUGGUUAGUUUAGGUACUGUGUUAGAGAUGGUUAGUUUAGGUGUUAGGUUAGAGAUGGUUAGUUUAGGUAUUAUGUUAGACAUGGUUAGUUUAGGUACUGUGUUAGAGAUGGUUAGUUUAGGUGUUAGGUUAGAGAUGGUUAGUUUAGGUGUUAGGUUAGAGAUGGUUAGUUUAGGUAUUAGGUUAGAGAUGGUUAGUUUUGAUGUUAGGUUAGAGAUGGUUAGUUUAGGUAUUAUGUUAGACAUGGUUAGUUUAGGUACUGUGUUAGAGAUGGUUAGUUUAGGUGUUAGGUUAGAGAUGGUUAGUUUAGGUGUUAGGUUAGAGAUGGUUAGAUUAGGUAUUAUGUUAGACAUGGUUAGAUUAGGUAUUAUGUUAGACAUGGUUAGUUUAGGUAUUAGGUUAGAGAUGGUUAGUUUAGGUAUUAGGUUAGAGAUGGUUAGUUUAGGUGUUAGGUUAGCGAUGGUUAGAUUAGGUGUUAGGUUAGAGAUGGUUAGUUUAGGUGUUAGGUUAGAGAUGGUUAGUUUAGGUAUUAUGUUAGACAUGGUUAGUUUAGGUACUGUGUUAGAGAUGGUUAGUUUAGGUGUUAGGUUAGAGAUGGUUAGAUUAGGUGUUAGGUUAGAGAUGGUUAGUUUAGGUGUUAGGUUAGAGAUGGUUAGUUUAGGUAUUAUGUUAGACAUGGUUAGUUUAGGUACUGUGUUAGAGAUGGUUAGUUUAGGUGUUAGGUUAGAGAUGGUUAGUUUAGGUAUUAUGUUAGACAUGGUUAGUUUAGGUAUUAGGUUAGAGAUGGUUAGUUUAGGUAUUAGGUUAGAGAUGGUUAGUUUAGGUGUUAGGUUAGCGAUGGUUAGAUUAGGUGUUAGGUUAGAGAUGGUUAGUUUAGGUGUUAGGUUAGAGAUGGUUAGUUUAGGUGUUCGGUCAGAGAUGUUUAGUUUAGGUGCUAUGUUAGAGAUGGUUAGUUUAGGUGUUAGGUUAGAGAUGGUUAGUUUAGGUAUAGGUUUUGGUAAUGGUAGUUGAAGGUCUUGGACUUAGUGCUAGAGGUCAGGGAGGUCGCCCCUUACCCCCCCCCCCCCAAUAGCAGCUGGCUUGCU